CAUUACCAACAUAAGGUUACCUAAUUCCCUAUGCCUCUGUAGUAUCGAUUAUUACCCCGCAGAUUGACGUCACUGGUUCGAUACAGUCAGAGCAAAGAGUUGAGUAAAAGAUAGCCUCAUAGUCAUAUAUAAAAUAUAAUAAACUGUUUGAACAUCGCCUCGUGUUGUUUGUUUUGGAUGUUUUGUGUUAUUAUUCUUUCGUGUUCUGUUUUAAUUUAUAGUCGUGUUACGUUUAAAGUUUAGAUAUAGUUUAGUUUAUUUUUAAAAGGACAUUUAUUAUAGUUUGGUGUGCCUUUUUUGAUAAUCUUUAAGAUGACCCCUCAUUGUGCAAUGAAAAAUUGUACUUCGAAGUAUGAUGCAUGCCGAAAAGAAGGAUUGGAAAUUUCAUUCUUUCGAUUUCCAAAGAAUAAGAAUGUUUGUGAACGCUGGCUUGCGAAAUGUAAAUUAGGGACGGAUCCGAAUACUGCAAGGAUAUGUUCCUUACAUUUUGUAAAAGACGAUUUUGAACGGGAUUUAAGGUCCGAGUUAUUAGGUUCAAAACCAAAGAAAACGUUGAAGAAAUUUUCUUUUCCGUCAUUAAGAUCGGAGAGUAAGUUACAAGACUCUCUUAAUGAGAAUGUACAAGAUUUAGGCAAUGACAAUGUUCAAUCUGGUUGUGCUGCAAUGACCCAAACUGAGGAAACAGAUAGAUCAACUGUGACAACGCAGACAGAAAUAUCUGCAAAUAUUUUUAUUUGUAGUAUUAAUGUUAUUGACACUAUUAAAGAGAUGAAUAUAAAAAUGAAUUCACUUAGAACAGAAAAUGAUCGUAUAAAAAGCAUUGUGGUUCAAAAAGAAAGUUUGAUAAAAAAAUACAAACGUCAAAUAAGUAUUUUAUCAAAACGACAACAGAAGAAUACUUUGACUAACGCAAAUUUAAAUAUAAAAAUUAAGGAAAAAUUCAAAAAUGUUUUUACACCAACACAAUUAACAAAAAUAUUGAAAAAUAAAAAGAAAAUACAUUGGAAUCAAACGGACAUUACCAAUGCAUUCACCUUACGAUAUUUAAGUAAAAGAUGUUAUUUAUAUUUAAGAAAUCAUUUAAAUUAUCCUCUACCAGGUAUAUCAACAUUGCAAAACUGGUGUUCAAAAAAAAACAUACGAGAGGGUGUACUCCACUCAAUGUUAAAAUAUGACGAAUUAAGAAAAUCCAGAGCCUCUCAAAGAAAAAUGGAAAAAAUGAAAGCAAAAAUUCCAAAACAUUAAACAUUGUUAUUGUAUGAUAUUUCUUAUAAUAAAAUAAAUUUAUUACCGAUUA